AUGUCGUCCGAAGCCACUUCUCUUGCGUUCAAAGUAGAAAGAUGUGAACCAGAACUAAUUGUUCCAACAAAACCAACACCCCAUGAAUGGAAACAACUUUCUGAUAUUGAUGACCAACAAAGCUUUAGAUUUCAAGUUCCAAUGAUUCAUUUUUACCCACAAAAUCCAAAUAUGGAAGGGAGAGAUCCAGUGACAGUGAUAAAAGAGGCAGUUGCAAAGACUUUGGUUUUUUACUAUCCUUUUGCAGGCAGAGUUAGAGAAAAGUUUGGUAAGAAGCUAUUUGUGGAAUGCACAGGUGAAGGAGUCUUGUUCAUUGAGGCAAAUGCAGAUGUUAGUCUACAACAGUUUCAAGAUUCUUCUUCUCUUCAACCUCCAUUUCCAUGCAUGGAUCAACUUCUUUAUGAUGUUCCAGAUUCUGAUGGGAUUCUUGAUUCUCCAUUGUUGCUCAUUCAGGUAACAAGACUCAAAUGUGGUGGUUUCAUCUUUGCUGUUCGAUUUAACCACACAAUCACUGAUGGCAUUGGUAUGGCUCAAUUCCUAAAGGCCAUAGCUGAGAUGGCUCGUGGAGCUCUUGCGCCAUCCAUUCUUCCAGUAUGGAAAAGAGCUCUCUUAAAUUCAAGGGACCCUCCGAGAGUCACUUGCCUUCAUCAUGAAUACGAUGAAGUUAACGACAUAAACGACACUACAAUUACCCUCGACAAUAUGGUUCAACACUCAUUCUUCUUUGGGCCGACCGAGAUAUCUAUCAUUCACAGAACUUUACCCACACACUUCCACAAUUACCCCUCGGCCGAGCUUCUCAUGAUAUUCAUUUGGCGCCUUCGUACCAUAGCCCUUCAACUUAGUCCAGAAGAGGAAGUGCGUUUGCUUUGCGUCGUCAAUUUACGCACCAAGUUUAACUAUUUACCAUUAGGGUUUUAUGGCAAUGCAUUUGCUUUACCUGCAGCACUUACUACUGCAGCUAAGCUUUCCCAGAAUUCUUUAGAUUAUGCCAUUGAAUUAGUUGAAAAUGCUAAGGCUAAGGUGACAGAAGAGUACGUGAAGUCUAUGGUGGAUUUAAUGACGGUCAAAGGACGACCCCAUUUUACUGUGGUUGGGUCAUUCCUUAUGGCAGAUUUGACUGAAGCUGGGUUUGAGGAUGUGGACUUUGGAUGGGAAAAGGCCAUAUAUGCCGGACCAGCUACCGGAAAAGUUGGACUUGUGCCUGGUUUGAUAAGCUUUUGUAUUCCUUCUAAGAUGAGAAAUGGAGAAAAAGGAAUUGUGGUGCCUCUUUACUUGCCAGCUCCAGCCAUGGAAAGGUUGGUGGAAGAACUUGAUGCCUUGUUGAAGAUAUAAGAACAUUUUGAAAUUGAAAAACACUACAUAGAUAAUGAAAUGAAAAUAAUUGGUUCGCUCGAAAAACAGUACUACACAGGAGAGGAACCUUUUGAAAUUGGAAAGAGGAAGUGGACUUUAUAUAUGGUUUGUAUACUUAUCUUUAUGUAUUCAUGUAAUAACAAAGAUGAAAUGAAAGCAGAAAAUAAUUUUUUUAUAACAAAAUCCGUAAUGUGAUAACUCAAAAAGUUGAGUCUACUAUGAGAUGUGACUAAAAGUAUAUACAUAUAUUUUUGGUAAAUAAGGCAUUUAUACUUGCUUUA